UGUCUCAUCCCUCUCUGUCAGUACAAUCAUCAAAGUACAGCUAGACAUUUUUAAAUUUGUUGACACUCGAACGUAAAUACUUAAAACCUUACAUGAGGUGUCACAGCAGCACAAAUGCUGUGUAACAUGAAAAGAAAGAAACCCGAAUCCAAGCCCCGUCAUUUGGGCGGAGUGUUAAAUCACUGUCAUUUUGGAGUGAAGGAGCACAUUGCUAUAGCUUCCUUAGAAUGUGUGCUCUACAAGCUCAAGCACAUAUCGAUCCUGCUGCGCUCAAAAGAUGCUGUAGCGACGUCACUGAAAGCGAGUUUUGGAACAUUUCUGAGUCACAAGAACUGAAAUGGCUUUCUCUCAGAUCCGCCUUAAAAUCCUCCCCAGUGUUCGUUGUCUGUUUGACAAACUGGUCCAAGUGAGAGUGGAGGGUCUCGCUCCCCACAAACCAGUAGAAUUAAGGUCCAGGCUGGUUGAUGACAAAGGGGUAGUUUUCAAAGCGUCUGCCCUCUACAAAGCUGAUGAAACGGGCCUGGUAGACGUGAGCAGUGCCCCCUCUCUGGGAGGGAGCUACACCGGAGUGGAGCCCAUGGGUUUGCUGUGGGCCAUGGCGCCAGAGACUCCACACCGAAAACUUGUGAAAAAGAACGUGCUGAGCCCGACCAUAGUUGAGAUAGCGGCACACAACGGCGACACUGGAGAACUCCUUGCCUGUGAAACCAAUGAGAGAGGAUACAUGAUGGAGGGCAUGAAGAGAAUCCCUGUGCAGGAAGGAAGAGUGCGAGGAGUCCUGUUCAUCCCUCCAGGAAAAGGGCCAUUCCCUGGAAUCGUGGAUUUAUAUACUUUCGGUGGAGGCCUCGGUGAACAAAGAGCCAGCCUUUUGGCAAACAAAGGUUUUGUGGUGCUGGCGCUGGCCUAUUAUGGCUACCAAGAUUUACCGAAAAACCCCAAACGCUUGGACUUGGAAUAUCUUGAAGAGGCUGCAAACUAUCUACAGAAUCAUCCAGAGGUUCAAGGUCCCGGCAUAGGCGUCAUAUCAAUGUCUCAUAGUGGCGCUCUGGGUUUGUCCAUGGCAUCUUUUCUCCCAGGUAUCACAGCAACUGUCUGUAUUAAUGGCUGCAAUGCAAAUACUGUGAUUCCAUUACACUACAAGGAUAUUGUUAUACCGCCACUCCAACCUCUCAUGGAGAACACGCAAAUGACAGAAUCUGGGAUUGCAGAUAUACGUACCGUCAUGCCGGACCCAACCCUGGAAAGAAACAGAGCGUCUUUGAUUCCGAUAGAGCGUGCCACGUGCCACUUUCUAUUUGCUGUCUCGGAAGACGACCACAAUUGGACCAGCGCUUUUUUUGCCAAGCAGGCCGCUGAGCUUUUGGAGAGUCACGGCAAGGAAUCAUUUCAGGUGGUUUCUUAUCCGAAUGCUGGUCACCUUCUGGAGGUUCCUUACAUGCCCUUGUGCCCAUCUGGGUUCCAUGCAGCAAUAGGGAGUGCUGUGGUGUUUGGUGGGGAGCCAAAAGCCCACUCGGAGGCUCAGCUGGACCUGUGGGAGCGAGUCCAAGAGUUCUUUAAGAGACACUUGAACAACACCGGCACUAUUUAGGUAGCGUGCCGUGUAUCCAAGUCUGGUUGCCAACAAUGCUCAUAUCCUGUACAAUUUGAGAAGCGUUUGAAAUUAUAUUCAUUGGCAGUUAUGAGCGUUGCUGAAGGGGUGGUGGUUACAUUUAGUCAUUUACAGGUGCAGUCAUAAGUUUACAUAUACUCAUCAUUGGAAUCAAUCUUAUACUGUAUACUGUACUGUGUGAACCCUUCUUUUUCCAGGUUCAAAUGAUUAUGCAACAUUUAUAGUCAAAUAAGAGACGUUUCUUUCAUGUUAAUCCCUCGUUUAUCACGGUUAAUUGCCCCAUCGACUGCGAUAAGUGAAUUUUCGUGCAGUUGGGUUCUAUAGUAAUAAAUUGAAUAUUUUCAUAGUUAGAGCACAGAAAACCUGUUCAUGACCCUCUAAGUACGGUUUUCACCAUUAUUAGAGCCCUGUAGACAUGAAAUAACACCCCUAUAGUCGACCUUUACGCUUGUAUUACUCAAUUUAGUAAACAUAAUUAUAGAAAAUAAGCCAUCUUAGAGAUAAAUAGGAUAAGACUCACACGUUAGCAAAGUUACUGACACCAGGAGACCAGUGUAGCAUACUUCUCUCCUGUCGCUGUUUGUGGUUCAGGAGAGAUUCACGAUGCGCUUCAAUCGCUUCAUUAACAAACAGAGAACACGUGCAGUGAACAUUCACACAGGAGCUGCUGUCGGCCACUCCCGACACUGCUAACAUGCUGUGAGCACACAGCUAACAGUCAACUGUAGCUAGCUGAUGCCACAGAUGGCCCUGCUUCUUAAAGGCGCACACAACAAGUCACAGACACUGUAUUGCACUUCAUAUCACGUCCUUUGAAUGCCUUAUAUUUGUAUACUCGUUCAUUUAGCCAUUUUUAUGCUCGACAGCGCUCAAUUUAGCCCAUGAAUAUGUACAAUUUGCUAAAAAAUGCUUUGUUUUUGCUAAUAAUAGAUCAUAUUCAACCAUGAAACAGCGACCAUUUAUGAAUACAUUUUAAAAAAACUGAAAUAGAGUGGGGGUUUUGUCAUUGUUAUGAACUACUGUGAUUAAGGGUGACAGUUUUAUACUUUAAAAGCAAUGGUAUUGGUUUUGUAUCGCUAAGAAGAUUUGUCGUAUUACCUACUGUAUAACUGCUUUGCUGUGAUUUAUAACACUGUAAGUGAUUGUGUGUGUUUAUGGUACAUUUUGGGAUGUUUGUGGCUGUUUCGGGUCCAAAAAGACAAGCAAUCCACUGGUUGCAUGUAUCAAGUUGCAGCUCAAUACAGGUAACCCAUUCAAUGGGCAGAGAAUCUUAAAUA